AUUAUUUCAAUUAUGGGAAACUCGUGGACAUGCUUCGCUCCCAAGGAGGUCAGAUUCACCAGAGAACCCUCCAAACGCAUACCCAACUUUUUACGCAAGAGUAGAACCGGUUCUUCGUCUUCUUCUUCCCCUAGCAGGAACAAGCAGGGGAAUAAACUCGAUGAUGAAGAUGCUCAGCUUCGACAGCAGGCCAUUGCCGCCGCUCUUCUCUUCCGCCAACAUCAGCAGAACAUUUCUCUGCCCCUUAACCGCUCCACUUCUGUCGUUUAUCCUAAUCCAUCUCUUGGUGUUCUUAAAAAGCUUCCCAAGAGUUCGAGUUCUAGGCAGCGUUCACGCUCUGAUUCUCUCCUUCAGCCUCAUCAGCUUGUUAUCAAUAAGGAUGUAAAGGCUGAGGGUCUGGAAACCAAUCAUUUUGUCCUUGUUCACGGAGGUGGCUUUGGUGCUUGGUGUUGGUAUAAAAUUAUGACGCUUUUGGAAGAAGGGGGAUACAAAGUUGAUGCAGUUGACUUAACUGGAGCUGGAAUUCAUUCAUAUGACACAAACAACAUCACCAGUCUUGCACAGUAUGUAAAGCCACUCACAGAUAUCCUAGAGAAACUUGGAGAUGGUGAAAAGGUGAUAUUGGUGGGGCAUGAUUUUGGCGGUGCCUGUAUUUCAUAUGUAAUGGAGUUGUUUCCAUCUAAGAUCUCAAAAGCAAUUUUUAUAGCUGCAACAAUGUUGAGUAGUGGGCAGAGUACCCUCGAGAUGUUUUCCCAACAGGCAGGUUCAAAUGAUCUGAUGCGGCAGGCUCAGAUGUUUAUGUAUGCUAAUGGCAAAGACCAGCCUCCAACUGCUAUCGAUCUUGACAAAACAUUGGUGAGAGACCUAUUGUUCAAUCAAAGUCCCGCAAAGGAUAUCACACUGGCAUUAGUUUCAAUGAGGCCAAUCCCUUUUCCACCAGUAAUGGAGAAGCUCGUGCUUUCUGAUAAGAACUAUGGCUCUGUUAGGAGAUUUUACUUAGUUACUCAAGAAGACAGUGCAGUAUCAGUUUCUCUGCAAGAGAACAUGAUAAAAACAAAUCCCCCAGAGCAGGUGUUUUGGCUAAAAGGUUCUGAUCAUGCACCUUUCUUCUCGAGGCCUCAGUCCUUACACAAAAUACUGGUAGAGAUAGCGCAAAUGUCAUCAAAGCAAGUCUAGGAAUCCUUGUGCAGCAGAGCCUCGGUGGUAGAGAUAUCUUGCAGAUUGUGGGGGGGCAGAUUGUAAGCAGCAUCAUGUAUAUUGAAUGCAUGUCUGGUCAGGGUACCUCAAUCUGUCUUAACCAUGUGCAUGCAUGUGGCAUUGCUCCCCUUGUGUAGCUGUAAUACAUUUGGUUGUAUUUUGGCAUCUUCCCAUCUGUGUAGACAGUUUUGCAUGUGUUUUGUGAGCCAGAGAGUACCACAUUGUAUUUUCAUCCUACAUAUUGUAGGGUACUUGUCAUGAAAUGGAUGACAUUUGGACUUCUGAAAAGAAGGGAAGAUUUCGGCGGUA